UGCCCACACUGAUCAGUCCGGCCUCCGCCCAACCGCAUCUGGAUACAGCCACGCCCCGUUCGUCUGCAUCUGCGAGCUUCCUUUUGGAGCAAAGUGCCGAGCUACAUGGCCGGCAAGCCCGGAAGGAGGUAUUGCACAUGGAUGACCCGAAUGCUACGAGCGCGAAUGCGGCCGUCAAGGCGAUUCGCCUUCAGACCAUGGAAAAAUAGAUCCUACGGACGAAUCGAUUUCGGUUCUCUUGCGCUCAUGUCGGCCACGCCGAUCAUUUUGCCGCGGCCGUACUGCACCUCGAAGCCGACAGGGCACCUCCCUGUUCUGGAGAGAAUACGGAUGACGGUGCCGCCCGUGGUUGAUUUGGAUCGGCCAUUUCUCCCUCGACCCUUGGCGAAGAUCCGAAUGCCGUCAUUCCUCGUAUUGUACCUCGCAAUUCCGAUCGCAUAUUCCCUGCAGAGUGCCGGGACUGCACAUCUUUCUGCAGUGGUUUGGCUUCUGGUUGCAGUCAAGAGCAGCAAGUAUUGGCUCAUGCGACUAAAUGCUGAGAGGCUGCAGCAAAUCAAGUCGGCGGUUGCAUGCGAAUUGCAAAAAAUGCGCCUUGUCCAGGGCCACUUUUGCAAAAGCGCAGCCCUCAAUGGCUCCCGACCGUCGGCAAUCAAUGCACACCAAAAAUGAAAUGUCCAGCAUUAUUUGAUUGGUGAAUGGCAGCGCUUGGAGGGUGAAAGUUUGGCCGUCACCCACUACAGCCCGCUGCAGC